GGCUGUUCGUCAAAGUCAUUCAAGCUGUACUCUCCCAAGGAGCCCCCCAACGGCGGCAGCUUUCCCCCCUUCCACCCAGGCGCUAUGCUGGACAGAGAUGUGGGGCCAACACCCAUGUACCCACCUUCAUACAUGGAGCCUGGAAUGGGGAGACCUACACCGUACGGGAACCAGACAGACUACAGGAUAUAUGAGCUGAAUAAAAGGUUACAGAACUGGACAGAGGACUGUGACAAUCUCUGGUGGGACGCCUUCACCACAGAAUUUUUUGAAGAUGAUGCCAUGCUCACCAUCACGUUCUGUCUAGAGGAUGGUCCCAAACGUUACAGUAAGAAAGAAUCCCUCAAGCUGGGAAGUCGUGUCCGCUGUAUUUGCCGCCUCAUGGCCAUUGGCCGGACACUGAUUCCUCGAUACUUUAGAAGUAUUUUUGAAGGAGGCGCCACCGAGCUGUUCUAUGUUUUGAAGCAUCCAAAAGAGUCUUUCCACAACAACUUUGUGUCCCUCGACUGUGACCAAUGCACCAUGGUGACCCAGAAUGGCAAACCCAUGUUCACACAGGUGUGCGUUGAAGGCCGCUUGUACCUAGAGUUCAUGUUUGAUGACAUGAUGAGGAUCAAGACGUGGCACUUCAGCAUCAGACAACACAGAGAAGUCCUACCCAGGAGCAUUCUGGCUAUGCAUGACCCGCAGAUGCUUGAUCAGCUGGCUAAAAAUAUCACCAGAUGUGGGCUCUCCAACUCCACACUCAACUACCUCCGUCUAUGUGUGAUAUUGGAGCCAAUGCAGGAGUUGAUGUCCAGGCAUAAGACUUACAGUUUGAGCCCCAGAGACUGUCUGAAGACAUGCCUUUUCCAAAAGUGGCAAAGGAUGGUUGCACCUCCAGCUGAGCCGGCCAGACAAGCUCCUAACAAGCGGCGGAAAAGAAAGGUGUCGGGCGGCAGCACCGUGAGCUCCGGCGGAGGCAGCAAUAACAACAGCAACAGCAAAAAGAAGAGUCCAGCCAACAGCUUUUCACUCUCCAACCAGGAUGUGAUGAUGGUGGGAGAGCCCACACUGAUGGGAGGGGAGUUUGGUGACGAGGACGAGCGUCUGAUCACACGGCUGGAGAACACGCAGUACGAUGGGGCGAAUGGCCUGGAGGAUGAGGACAGUUUCAACAGCUCACCAGCACUGGGGGCUCACUCGCCCUGGAACAACAAGGCUCCCUCCAGUCAGGAGAGCAAGAAUGACAACUCCCAGUCGUCCCAGUAG